AUGUCAAAAGAGCAACACGGUCUCGACCACUCGAGAGAUCCCUGCCCUUGGGUAGCAUUAUCAGAUUUCGGUGGCGCGUUCUGUAUGGGAGCGAUCGGAGGCGCAGUAUGGCACGGCAUCAAAGGUUUCCGCAAUAGCCCAUACGGUGAACGACGGAUAGGAGCUCUCACAGCAAUCAAGGCUCGCGCACCUGUACUCGGCGGCAACUUUGGUGUCUGGGGUGGCAUGUUCAGCACAUUCGACUGCGCAGUCAAGGGCGUACGAAAGAAGGAGGAUCCGUGGAACGCCAUCAUCGCCGGUUUCUUCACCGGUGGUGCGCUCGCUGUUCGUGGUGGACCUCGAGCUAUCCGCAACGGCGCAAUCGGAUGUGCCGUCUUGCUUGCCGUUAUUGAAGGAGUUAGCAUCGGAUUCCAAAGAAUGAUGGCAGAGGGAACUAAAUUGGAGAUGCCACCACCACCGCCAUCAAACUCGUCUGCCGGCAGCGAGGGCAAGCUCGCACUCGCAUAA